AUCCAGGCGGAUGGGACGGACGGGAACUGCGUCACGUUCGUGCUGCACGACGAGGAUCACACCCUGGGCAACUCCCUGCGCUACAUGGUCAUGAAGAACCCUGACGUGGAGUUCUGUGGCUACUGCAUCACACACCCCUCAGAAAGCAAGAUCAACUUCAGGAUCCAGACCAGAGGGGCCCUUCCUGCUGUGGAGCCAUUCCGGAAAGGGCUGAAUGACCUGAUGGGUGUUUGCCAACACGUGCUCAACACCUUUGAGAGGAGCAUGAAGGAGUUCAGGGCACAGAAGGAGGAGGAGAUGCAGUAGCCUUUGGGAAUGGCAUGGAUGUAAUCUCUGUUGAAUUCCCUGUGUCCAAACGAGGGUUUUUUUGUUGUUGUGUUUUUUAUUACUUUGCUGCAAAAUGUAUUUUCUUUAAUAAAAAAGUUUAUUCAUUUA